AUGGCGCUACGCAUCGGACAAGUCCUCCGAGGCGCCGCAGGUAAGUACGAGCUCGUAGAGGCGCUGAAGGGGUGCAGCGUCUUCAAGGCACGCGUGCUAUCAUCCAGAACCCCUUCAUCUGGAGGAGAAUGGGCCAUGAUCAAAACCGCCACGUCCGAUGACGAGAAAAUGGUUCUGAGGCGCGAAUACCGCAAUUACGGGAUCCGCGAUAUCGCGUCGUGUGCGUAUAUCCGACGGCUGCGUGAUGUCGUUGCCGUGCCGGCGGCGGUGGAUGGGGAGGAAGAGGAAGAAGGGGGAGGAAAAGGAGGAGAGGGGGAAGAGAUGAUGAAUACACACGACCCAGACGGUCUGGUGUUUGAGUGGAUGGAUACAGACCUGCGGUGCGUCCCAGCCAGUCGGUUCCGAGGCGAUGCGAGGCUGCCAAAGGGGGUGUCGCGAGCGGUCCUGUCGGCGCUGGACGUGUUUCGGACGUUGGGACUUGUCCAUACGGAUGUGAGUGUCAACAACGUGUUUGUGUCCGACCUCGAUGGCGCGUCGCCGGUUGCCAAGCUGGGUGAUUUGGGGAAUUUGAUAGUCCAAGGCUCCACAACCCAACGAGGCCAAAGCCUGCCCUGCCGCGCACCAGAAGUCUGGCAAGGCCUAGGCUGUCGACAUUCCUCAGAUAUAUGGUCCCUUGGAGUCACGUUGGCACGUCGUCUAUCACCGCACGCGCACUUCGGAGCCAGCGACAAGAUCAUCGAGGGCCACACCGAGGCAUGGUGCAUCGCGAAGAUAAUCCGUCGCUGUGGCCCGAUACCCGACCCACCUGCCGACCAACACAACUACUACCAGCCCUACAGGGAGGAGUUUGCGCUGGCAGAGCAGCUUGCAGUCAUGGAUAAUCCGCAUGAUGGCACGAGGCUGAUCAAGGGAGGCACGCUGCGUGAGGAGUUGCUGCGGCUUGCGGAGCCCCCGGUGUCGGAGGAGCUGGUGGAUUUUAUUGAGGCGCUGCUGGUUGUGGAUCAUGGGGGGAGACCUGUUGCGUCGGAGGCGCUUCGGCAUGCUUAUCUGCGGUCUUCUACGUGAGGAAGAUCCUGGCUCGUUCUAGGGGGUGUUGACACGGCGAGAGGAGCGGUGUAAGAGUGCACUCAUCUUCCAUUGCCAAACGAAGUGUCCAAGUUGGGGCAGAAAUCUCUCCUCUUCUGUACUGUAAUAUGAAGUCUCCAAUGUAUACUACAUAAAUACCGCGGUUACAGUGUACUAUCCGUCAAGUGACAGCCGUCCCAACCGCAUAUCAGCCAGGGCAGACAGACAGACAGC